UUAUUUUAACAACUGCAGUAACUAAAAUAAUGAAUAUACACAGUCCGAGUUUCAUGGCAAGCGAGACUGCGAGAAUGAAUGGACGAGUGACGUUUCACGCGAGUCAUUGAAGACGUCGCUGUCGCAUCUUGCCCGUUCCUUCCGAGCAACACCGAGCAAUCCGAGCUCGGGACAGGUCGCGGAUGUGUCCAUGUCCAUCCGCGCGGUUGUCUGUGGUGGUGCGGUGGCCCGAACGAGUCGUGUGUGCGCCAGAUCCAUCGAUUUAACGGGUACACAAAAUAAGAUGCAACGUUGUCUCACUGUCUGGUCACGUCGCCCGUCUGGACGUGUCGAGGAGCUGACGACGUCGAGCACAACCGCGUGCAGGAUCGUCAGGCGUUAAAAGACGUUAUGGGAAGAUGGUGAGGCAGCUCGGUCACCUCGGCCACUGGGAGCAUGGGUUCGCAAACGCUGGAGAUCCUGAGGCAGGGCGUCUGGGCGAGCCUAACGGGCGGCUGGUUUUACGAUCCGCAUCUCGACGUUUUCUCCAACACGUUCCACCUCUACGUCUGGCUGUUUCUCCUCUGCCUGCCGUUCACGAUCUACCUGUAUUUUCCUCCAACGUUAUACGUUUGGCUAGCGUACUGCUCGUCAUUCGUCGCCGUUUUCGGAACGAUAAAGUGCAUGAAUCAUGCUCUGCACUGUGUAUAUGAUACCACGGAAUGUUUGGAGGAACCUAAUCAAACCAUCAGUCAGCAGAAAUCGGAGGGUGAGAAGAAAUGGGCGGGCCAUAACAAAUCUAGGGAACAGUCGCAAGAUCAGACCGGCCAUGGCAUAGAGCUGCAAGUUUUGAAUGGUAAAACGGACACCCCACCUGUAGAAUGUUCAUCACGUAACUCGUUUAUUGAACCAAAUAUACAAAAUUCCGACGCAGAUAGUAUAACGUCUGAAUAUACUCGGGAUAAAGCUAGUUCGACCAUAGAUUUAAAGGUCGAGAUACAUAGGAAAAACAGUUCGGAAAGCUCGGAAGAGGCGCAACAGCUUAGUAAACCGAUGAUAACCAGCAUUAACGUGCACGAAGCUGAAUUAGUUUCCGCGCAAUAUCACGAGCCACGUUCUAAAAACAUUAUAAAUGAAUGGAAAUUAAAGCGGCAAAAGUGUGUGGUAAUAGCGGAGGAAGAUCGACCGGGAUCGCGUAAAUUAUGUCGGCAUUCGUCCGAGGAGUCUAGAAUUCGACACUCUAAACAAAGCAAUCUCGGUAAAACGGGAUCCGAAAGCCAAAUAAAGCAGACCAGUUCGUUAGAAUUGACAAAUCAUCGCCAUAUCGGCGACGAUUAUCCAUACUGGAUGUUCAAUCGAAGCGUCCGCAGGCUUAACUCCAACUCCAUACCAAAAGCACGUUUGACGAACGAUCAUCCACAGAGCUUAGAAAUCAUAUCGAAGAAGGGGGAUACGGACAACAAUAAGAUCUCGUCUCAUCCGCAAUCGUUAGAGGUUAUUACCAAGAAACCACAUCAGCAACUGGUACAUCCGCAAAGUCUCGAAACAAUUGGUGCCACUAGUAAAAAUAUAAGUAACAAUGACGAUAAUAACCUGCCUCUUCAUCCCCAAAGUCUUGAAACAAUUAAUACCAAAAAGGUCUUACCCCAAAACACACUGAAGAGAAACCAACUACAGCUCUUACCGUAUCUUAGUUUCGGGUCCGAGAUAGUUUACCCGAUAGCAGAGCAGAGCGACGAACAAUUUGCCAAUGAGAGUUCGGAAGAAUUCAGCCUGUGCGACUCCUACAGUCCAUUACUAACGCGAAAAAAUAUAAGUAAUGUGAGCGCUACGUCUAAUCGAGAUAGAAGUCUCAGUGCUGGCAGGUUUGAAGAUAGAUUCUCGAGGUUUAACGACGACAACGGAAUAGAUAGUAACUCAGCAAAUUCUCGAGAUGCUUUACUAGAGGAAUCAAAGUCUAGAGGAGUGAAACGGAGGUAUAGCAACACCAAUCAGAGCGGCCAUGAGUUUUUAGACGGUGAGAAAUGUAAGGAGAAAAGGCGGGAUAGAUCCAAAAACAUGGAAGAUCCGCUCAACUCGGGGAGUAUAGUCGGAAUAGAUUGGUUGUUCGAGAGCGGGGAUUGUUCGGUGGAACCGUGGGCAAGUAAGAUAUUUUGGACUUUCACUCGCUCUGAUGAUACGGAUACGUCAGAAAGCCUACAGACGGCUAGUACAGAUUAUCUUCAUUCUAAAGAGCCUGAUUCGGGAUCGUCCAGUACAACAACCCUGAGUAUCGAGAACGAGGUGAAGCGAAAUUUGCUGCCGCAACUGGAAGUAGACAACACCGCAAAGCGUCAUCAGGGAGCGAUCCCCAAGCAGAACCGUCCAAAACCUACUGCGUCGGACGCUGCGGACGACAGUAUUGUGUCGAGCGUCGAACAGCCGCGGGAGAAUCUUAAACGUUACAUCGAAGUGCGACGAGAGAGGACCAGGAGACGAGAUGCCAAGUUUGAGCAGACAAGCGGUUCGAACAAUGAGUUGAGCACAUUGUUGCCGGGCCCGGCAUCUCCAUUACUGGCAGCGUUAUUGAACAAUUCCGGCCGAGAUCUGCCCGGUCAGUCGAGCACCACGUCAUCCGAUUUGCGACUCAGUCGUAAUUCCGAGAAGCGAACCUUUCGGACCAGAUAUGGACGAUUGAAACGGCCCAAUAGAACUUACCGUGCUAGGUCGCGCAAUAUUGCCACUCGCGACGAUAACGUCGUUCCGUUGACCGCGCUGUUCGGCUUGAUCUCGAGCGGCGAGUGUCAUCUAGCUACUAAUCAGAAUGAUACCUCAGAGGGAGCGGUGCACUACUUUCGCGACGAUAACGGCCACUGGUUGGCUUAUACGUUCGACGAAAAAGGUCUGGACGUAGCUGCAGCUGCCGCGGCAGCGACAGCGACGCAAAUACCCACUAAUCCGCAUAGCGAGAAGCUGUUGAACACCUUGCUGCGUCAGCAACUCAACCAGAACAUGCACUAUGAUGCGCAUUGGGAGCUCGCGGACUCACUGAGCAACAGCUACAGCAGCUUGUCACUCAAUUCUGCUGGUUUAACAGUGAUAAUCGACACACCACCGGUGCUAUCGAGUCCGGCGAGCAAUCAGACCAAAACGCAGAGUUCACCGCCAUCAAAUUUGAUCUCGUCGAACACGGGCAGUUCGAAUCAAUGCACACUCGAAAAUUCAGAGCGCGAGCAAUUCCAUCACACGCUGAUCGCGCGUUCGGAUUCAAUGGCCGAUAGGAAUCGCAGGCUGCAGAAUCUGCUAGGCAAUCUGAAUCUGAAUCAGUAUCAGUCGGAUCUCAACGGUCGCAUGCCAGUGCUGACAUUGCCAGUGCAUCAAGAACCCGACAUAAACACCAGUCUGUCGUGGAAUCGCUUCGUCGAUGGCUUGGACGGCUCCGAUUCCAAGCCGAAGCAGACCAGACACUAUUACAAGUGGAAGAUCGGCAGGCUGCCGCACGUUAAAAUACGCUUCGACCGUCUCGCCCUGCUGGCUCUGCUCGAUCGCAAUUUGACUGUGUUCGAGACCAUCGUCUCCACGUUUCUGGCGGGUGCGGUUGCAGGACUGGGUCUUCUGUUGCUCCAACAGGGCUUCUAUCGGGACAUCUUUGCGUUCAUAUUUUGCUUCGUGACGGCCGGCUGCCAAUACUCGCUCCUCAAGUCGGUCCAGCCCGACGCUGCGUCGCCUACGCACGGCUUUAAUCGUAUUAUAGUGUUCUCCAGGCCCGCGUACUACAUCCUGUGCUCGAGUCUGAUUCUGAUUUUCAACGAGACGCUUAGGAACUUUAAAUCGUCCGACUUUCGGGUAUACGGAUUGCGCGUCGCCGAUUACGAUCUCAUCUUGCAAGUGCGAAACGUUCUACUAAUAUUCCUGCUGUGUUUUCCAAUCGUAUUCUCGUUAGGACUCUUCCCGCAGAUCAACACAUUUCUCAUGUACGUCUGCGAACACCUGGACAUUCAUCUGUUUGGCGGCAAUGCGACCACCAGUCUGGUAUCAUCAGUGUAUUGUCUAUGCCGCAGCGUGGUCGCGGUUCUCAUCCUCUACGGAUUUGCCUACGGCGCCCUUCUCGAGCCCAAAUCCUCGCAGCACAUCUUGUUCUCGAUAUUCGUCGGUCUACUCGUCGCGAUAUCCUAUCAUCUGAGCCGAUCGUCUUCGGAUCCCACCGUGAUAUGGGACAUCCUCAAGACAAAUUUGUGGCCACCAGAGAUAGGAGACAGGUAUACGGAGGAGAAGGAAGCCAAAAUCAUAGAAAACAUGUCGUCGUCGCAGCCUGAUAACGUAGCCGCGAGUUACAAGGAGACCAAGAGCAAGACGUCCGGCAGGAAGAAAGACGUCAAGAUCAAGGUGGGCGAGCAAAUGUCAGAUACUGAGCUGGUGGAUCCUUUGCCGGAGAAGUUACGCUCGACAGUGAACGCCAGACUGAAGAACGAUCUAAUCGUGUGCGCGGUGAUCGGCACCCUGUCUUUCGGAAUUCAUCGUACAACGGUGUUCACCGCCCUGCAACCGGAGCUCAAUCCGGUACUGUGGAGUAUCGUGAGCUGCCUGGGCUUUCUCCUGCACUACAUCGUGCCGCAGCUGCGCAAGCAGCUGCCUUGGCUGUGCCUUUCGAGACCGGUACUACGUAGUCACGAGCACGCGCAAUUCGAGGUACGGGAGCCGGUGAGGAUCAUGUGGUUCGAGAAAGCCUACGUGGGCCUGUGCUUUCUCGAGCGGAACGUGCUCUAUCCGGUUGUCUUCCUGGGCGCGCUCACCGAGUGCUCGUCCAAGAUCGCCGACAAGUUUGGUGAGAGCGUAGGCGCGCUUAUCGUGGUCAUUUGCGGCCUCAAGUCGCUCAGGUCGGCGUACUCGGACCCGUCCACCCGCUAUCUUGUUCUCGUCUUCGCGGUGCUCUUCUUCCAGCUCGAUUUCAGCAACUUGAGCGAAACCUUCCUGAUGGAUUACUUCGUCACGGGGAUCGCGUUUGCCAAGAUCUACGAGCUACUUCUCAAGAUCCGCUUCGUCGUCACGUACAUCGCGCCCUGGCAGAUCACUUGGGGCAGCGCGUUUCAUGCGUUCGCCCAGCCCUUUUCCGUGCCGCACUCGGCGAUGCUCUUCCUCCAAGCCGGCAUCUCAGCGAUGCUCAGCACGCCCCUGAAUCCGCUGUUGGGCAGCGCGAUCUUUAUCUCAUCCUAUGUGCGACCGGUCAAAUUCUGGGAGAGGGACUACAAGACCAGAAGAGUGGACCACUCGAAUACGCGCAUGUCCUCGCAUCUGGAGCGUAAUCUGGGUGCUGACGACAACAAUCUGAACUCGAUAUUUUACGAACAACUCACGCGCUCCCUCCAGCACAGCCUGUGCGGCGAUCUCGCGCUCGGCCGAUGGGGAAAUGUAGAACAGGGCGAUUGCUUCCUGCUCGCGUCAGAUUAUUUGAACUGCUUGGUGCAUAUAGUCCAAUUAGGUAACGGACUAGUGACGUUCCAAUUGAGAGGUCUCGAAUUUCGAGGAACAUAUUGCCAGCAAAGAGAGGUGGAAGCGAUCUCAGAAGGCAUCGAAGAUAAUGACAACUGCUGCUGCUGCGAAAUGGGUCAUCUGUCGAAUGUGCUUAGCGUGAAUGCGGCCUUCAGCCAACGCUGGCUCGCCUGGGAAGUUGCGAGCGCCAAAUACGUGCUCGAGGGUUACUCGAUCUCCGACAACUCGGCGGGCUCGAUGCUGCAGGUGUUCGAGUUUCGCAAAGUACUGGUUACUUACUAUGUCAAAAGUAUUGUCUUUUACGCCGUGAAGUCGCCCAAGCUGAAGCAGUGGCUGGAAAAUCCGGACAUCAUCGACGCGCUGAAGCCGACACUCGACAAGAACUUCGUCGAUCUCGAUCCUGUCUUCAAUGUGAAGAUCGACGAGGACUUUGAUUUCCGAGCGAGCGGUAUCACGCGGAGCAACUUCUGCAAUGUUUAUCUCGACUGGAUACAAUAUUGCGCUGGUAAACAAGAUAAGACAUUAGAUAGAACACGCGAUUCAUAUCUCGUGUCUCUAUGCCUCUCAUUAAGUCUGUUGGGAAGACGCGUGUUAGGUGCUGCAUCUCAUAAUACAUUAUCAAACGUUGAAUUCUUUCUUUAUGGAUUGCAUGCGCUAUUUAAAGGAGACUUCCGGAUAACAUCAGUUCGCGACGAAUGGGUGCUGCAUGAUGUCGAUCUACUGCGCAGUGUUGUCGCGAAAGGGAUAAGAAUGGCCUUAAAACUGCACCAGGACCACUUCAUGAGUCCAGAACAGUAUGUCGAAUCAGCGGCACUCUUCGAGGCCAUCGACAAUCAUGAUCAGAAUCUCGUCAUCAGUCAUGAAGCGGAUCCUCUUUGGAGAAAUGCUGUAUUGAGUGGUGCACCCAGUUUAUUGGCACUCAGACACGUGCUUGACGACGGCAUAGACGAGUACAAAGUGAUAAUGCUCAAUAAACGUUUCUUGAGUUUCCGAGUAAUCAAAAUGAAUCGCGAAUGCGUCCGUGGACUCUGGGCCGGCCAGCAGCAGGAGCUGGUAUAUCUGAGGAACAGAAAUCCGGAACGUGGUUCGAUACAGAACGCCAAGCAAGCCUUGAGGAACAUAAUCAACAGUUCUUGCGAUCAGCCGAUCGGAUAUCCGAUUUACGUUUCCCCUUUGACAACUAGCUACGCCGAGACUAACGAACACUUGUGCUCGAUAAUCGGAGGACCAUUGACUUUUGGCACCAUAAAGAGCACUGUGUUGAAACUGUGGCGAAGGGUAAGACGAAGAUGUGGUCAAGGUUGUUCCUCGGGCGGCACUGGCUCCCAAGACGAUGGAGGCUUCGGAAAUGACGGAGUAUACGCGAUGACUACGUAUAACAUACACUCUGGCUAUGCUCAAUCGGGUCACAACACUUCCGGUUCUCAAUCGAUGGAGUCUGGCUGUCAAAUCGGUGGUUCGACCGGUCGGGGUUCCCUCGGUCGUGCGAAUACGGGCUCUCUCGGUGGUAACAGAGGCUCACUAGCUUCCGUCGGGAAGCCAACCAGCUCGACACUCGCCAGUUUAGCCGGACUGCUCAGUAGUAACGAUAUUAAAAUGGAAACAAAGAGCGAGACGAGCUUCUCCAGCAAGUUAGAGAAAGAGGAAGUUUUCCAAAGGGUUCGCAUUAUGGACCCUAAUCAAGUAUACGACGCCAUCAAUUUGGGCCGACGUAUAGAUGUGAUUUGGCCGGACGAAAGGAUGCGACAGCAAGGCGGUCGUUCCGGCUGGCAACAUUGGGUACCAGAGAGAGGUAUGGAGGGUUGCGUGGUUCAUCGCUGGUCGCCGAACCAUCGCGAUCCCAAUCGACGGUCGCACGUCGACAAGGUCAUCCUGCUUGUGAAGAUCGAGGACAAGUAUGUGCCGAUAGCCGAGCAAGGUGUGCGGGAUUUGGGAGCGGAGGUUUAGCACAACGGCCGUGUCCAGCCGAGCCUCUGCUUAGCGAAGCGAAAGGUAGCAAUUGAAUGUGAUUGGUUCUUACCUUUGGAUUUAACCAAUCACACUUAAUUGCUACCUAGCGGCUUAGCUAGCGGAGGUUCGGCAAAACGCAGCCAACAUCUCCGAAACGGAUGAAGCGAUAACGUACAGUCACCGUUUUCGUACGCUUGUUCUGCCGACCUGCAGACUCGCGGUAGCGCAUACGCGUCAGCUGCAGCCCAGCGGCGGUCCGACUCUUACUCGAGGUUGCCUGGUACCAGCAAGACGCGAAAGCGCGGAAAUUAAUCUCUAACGCGAACAAAUGAUAUCAUUGACGAUAUCGAACGCUAGUUACCUACCUACUUCCACGAAGUCAAUACUCGCCAUUAGAUUGUAAAUCGAAGGACUCGGAUCAACGACAUGCUCAAUCACGUGAGAUCCUUAACUCAUCUCGAUUGACAAGGUUCACUGUCGUUACAGUCGCAACGUCUUUUUUUUCCAAGGUAUUGGGGAGUCCAUGAUAUUUUUUUAUUUGUUUCACUGUAGAAUUGGAACCUUCUCCGUGUCUUAGCAUGUUGUCACCGCACAUCCUUCCGAUUACAUCUACAUUUUUUUGUUGAUAUUGUACUUAGAAGUUUCGUAGAUCGAUUCGAUGAUAUUCUCGCUUUCCAUCUUGAUCGUCGUUGAAUCGCUUUAGUUUCGCUCAUCGGACAUUACGACGCGAAACGUAGAUAUAUUGCAAGAAUUGUAGAUUGUGUGUGUGUGCAUGUCGUAUGCGUGUGUGUGUGCGUGCGUGUGCGUGUGUGUACGGAGAGAGAGGGGGAGAG